AUGGAGGGCCGUAUGGAUGUAGGUCGUCUUGAUAAAGAUGAGUUAGGGUAUGAGUUGGCAAUUAGAGGCGUAGACGAUGUAACUACGGUUGUCGAGAUGAGGAAAAGUCUUCGGGGCUAUUUAAGGUUAGAACGAUCGGGAAUUGAAACCAAAUACCCACCGUAUCCAUUUAAGUUCGCCGAUGACUCGGGAGUAAUCGGAUGUACGAUAUCGGUCCUUCAAAGAGAGCGGGCUGAACGUUCUCAAGCACUCUCUGAGACGGAACAAGUUCUCAGGUCGGGAUAUUUGGCGCAGAUUAUUGGGCUAGAGUCGGAGUUACGUGCGCGCGCGAGGAAAUAUCGAAGAUUUUCGUUGCAGGCACAAACCCCUUUGGAGUUGAGCACUUUGAUGGCCUCGGUUGAUGCAUCGGAUUCAGCUUCGGAAUCUGGGUCGGAUGUUGAUAUAGAUAGUGACAUCGCUCACCAAUCCGCGGCGCCGGUUGCCGUCCAUAAUUGUAGGGCCCCUUCUGUAUCGGUGGCUAAGUGGAGUAUCACUAAAUUCAGUGGGAAUAAUGAUAGGUGCUCUCUGAGCUCCUUCCUAGAAAAUGUGGAGGAAUUGUGCAUUUCACGGAACGUUACUAAAGAGCAGUUGUUUUCGUCUGCUAGCGAUCUUUUUGAAGGUAAGGCUCUUAUCUGGUUCAGAUCGGUUCGGGCCACCGUAUCAACCUGGUCUCAAUUAGUGGAGGAAUUACGGAAACAGUUUUUACCCCCCAAUUAUAACGAGAAACUUUUCGAUGAAAUUAAGCGCCGAACUCAAGGUCCUGACGAGAACAUAGGUUUGUACCUUGCCAUGAUGGAUAACCUGUUCAAGCGCCUCACUGUCCCUGUUAAUGACGAUGUCCGACUGAAGAUCCUUCUCCGUAAUCUUUCCCCUUGCUAUCAGAGUCAGAUGAGUUUGACCAACAUAACCUCAAUCUCGCAACUUCUGGAUAUCGGAAGACAACUGGAGGCUCGCAAAGAGUCAAUUGAAUCAUAUGUCCCCUCUCCACGAAAUAGAAGCUCUUUGGUAGAGCCAGAUCUGGCUUACGUAUAUGCCGAAACCCCCUCCUCCUCUUCUCCUCAGAAAGCCAUCCUAGAUUAUGUGUUGGCGCAUGCGCAUAAUGAUGAACGUCCAUAUUUGUCUGUUUCGGUUCUUGAUGUUGAAUUCUUAGGUUUAUUAGAUUCGGGUGCUUCGAGCACGAUUAUAGGAGGUCCAGGAUGGGAUAUAUUGAAAAAGUUGAAGCUUAAGAUCAAUUCUGAUAAUGUUGCUUCUUGUAGGGUCGCUAAUGGUCAAAGUUGUCCAACCUUGGUGGUUCCAGAUUUGCCGCACACCUUGAUUUUGGGCGUUGAUUUCUGGAGGAAGUUUGGUAUCGUACCGGAUCUUCAUGGAGGAAACUGGGUCUUCCGGCGUGAUGCUGAUGUGUCUGUGGGUGCAAUUGCCUCGGAGGAACAUCUGACGCCCGACCAGACCAGAAUUUUGAAUAAGGUUGUGCAGGAGGCUUUCAGGGACAUGGGUGACGAGUUGGGGUGUACUAAUUUGGUGGAGCAUGAGAUAAAAACUUCUUGUCGUCCCAUCAAACAGAGGUAUUAUCCGGUUAGUCCGGUGAUGCAGGGUCAUAUUGAUGCUGAGUUGGAUAAAUUGCUCGAGCAAGGUAUUGUCGAGCCCUCGACCAGCCCCUGGUCAUCUCCCAUUCUUCUCGUGAAAAAGAAGGAUGGCUCGUACCGGUUCUGCGUCGAUUACCGGAAACUAAACGCGGUUACGGAAAAAGAUGCGUAUCCCCUCCCCUAUAUAAAUGCCACUUUGGAUCGACUUCGCAAUGCCAAGUUCCUAUCUUCAAUGGACAUCAAGUCGGCAUAUUUUCAGGUGCCCCUGGAGGAAUCUUCUCGCCCUCUGACUGCCUUUACAAUUCCCAAUAGAGGUCUGUUCCACUUCCUUCGCUUGCCUAUGGGAUUAUCUAAUAGUCCAGCCACCUUCCAGCGUUUGGUUGACAGAGUCCUUGGUCCCGAUCUGGAGCCUUAUGUAUUCGUCUAUUUGGACGACAUCAUUAUCAUCACGGAUACCUUUGAGAAGCAUGUUGAGGUAUUGAAGGAGGUCUUCAAGCGCCUGAAGGCUGCCAAUUUAACGGUUUCUAAGAAAAAGUGUCAUUUCUGCCGACCGGAACUUUUGUAUUUGGGAUAUGUGGUGGAUUCUACAGGGUUAAGAAUGGAUCCAGCUAAGGUCCAAGCCAUCUUGAACAUACCGGUGCCCACAAGUGUCUCGGAGGUUCGACGUCUGCUGGGACUAGCUUCAUGGUACCGACGAUUCGUACCAAAUUUUGCGGAUCUUAUUGCUCCUCUGACGGAGUUAUUAAAAAAGGGUAGACCUUUCAAGUGGAGUGUCCAAUGUGAUGAGGCUCUGAAUAACUUGAAGGAGCGGUUGAUUGGUGCCCCUGUGUUGUCUUGUCCUGAUUUCUCGAAGCCAUUCACUAUACAGUGUGAUGCUUCAGGUUAUGGAAUAGGUGCAGUCCUUACUCAACAACAAGAGGAUGGAGAAAAGGUGAUAUGUUAUCUUUCUAGGUCUUUAACUCGGUUAGAGCGCAACUAUACCACCACGGAACGUGAAUGUCUUGCCGUUCUAUGGGCGAUUGAAAAGCUGCGGCCGUAUAUUGAAGGCACCCAUUUCACAGUGAUCACCGAUCAUGCAUCUUUGCUCUGGCUGGACCGAUUGGAGUCACCUUCUGGUCGACUAGCCCGUUGGGCGAUCCGGCUCCAACAAUAUGAUUAUACCAUUAUUCAUCGAAAAGGUAAAUAUAACAUCGUACCUGACGUUUUGUCUAGGUCGGUACCCGUACUCGAUACCGUCGACACUGCCUUGGGUUGUUCCUCGGACCCGUGGUACAGGAAGCUUUUGGACGGGAUAGUCAAGACCCCGCACCGUUUCCCUUCAUGGCAGUUGAUCCAGGGUAAACUCUUCAAAAAUGUCACUCCCCGCAUUCCCGAAUUGGCAUCUCCUGCUGACUACUGGAGAGAAGUUGUUCCGCGACCUGAUCGGAGGGCCUUAAUUGGAAAGGUUCACGAAUCACUUUUGCAUGUUGGCGUGUAUAAGACCUAUCAUAAGUUGGCCGAGCGCUAUUAUUGGCCCAAAAUGCGAUCCGACGUAGCCUCGUUUAUUCGUCGAUGUAUCACUUGUCAUGCCAUCAAACCGGAGCAGCGAAAACCUCCUGGUUUCAUGCUCUCUAAACAGGUAGCAAUCCAUCGACCAUUCGAACUUAUGUCUGCCGAUCUGGUUGGACCUUUGCCUCGAACUCGCUCAGAAGAUCAGAGAGGUUGGGAUAGACAGUUGAGACAGGUUGGUUUGGCCAUUCGCUCCUCAAAGCAUGAAGUAACCGGUCAUUCCCCAAAUAUGAUUGUCUUCGGAAGAGAAAUUUCAUUAAAGGGUGAAAACGCCUGCCCUGAUCGGAUUCAGUUCGACAGAUCAGCCUUGACUAAGGAGCGCGAACAAGCCUUCGCGAGGCUGUACGCGGAUGUCCAGAGAAAGUUGUCGCGAGCGUACGAAACCAAUAGCCGCACAUACAAUCUUCGACGACGGGAUCUUCAGUAUACGGUUAACCAAUUGGUGUGGAGGAGGAAUCAGGUGUUGUCCGAUGCGGCGAAGUAUUUUUCAGCUAAGUUGGCACCGAAGUAUGUUGGGCCUUUCUUGGUCUCGAAGCGAGUCUCCCCUUGGACCUAUGAAUUGCAGGGUGAGGAUGGUAAAUACCAGGGUGUUUGGCAUGUUAAGGAUUUGAAAUCUCACCCACCGGACCAACAAGCAACUGGACACCUGUCAGACUAG